AUGAUUGCACGGGCUGGAAUUUCGGCGAGGAACUAUGACCCUUCAAACCAUUCCGUACCCCUCAAGCUACAGCGUACACACUUUUCCAUCCGCAUCACACUUCCCUCUCCAUCCCUUCUUCCUCUCCAUGCAAGCAGGGUGGGGAGUCUCAGAUGCGCCACUGCACGGACCAUGAAGAUGUCUUUAGUGCAGCCAGCGCGGUCAUUCCUCUUCAUGCCUCACUUGCCGGACUCGUAUGCUGUGUGGAUGGGUCCUCUGCACACCCACCAGCAGAUCAAGGACAAGUAUGGAGUGGACGAGGUUCACUAUAUCGAGGAUAUGGCAGCAGUGCUGAAAGCAGCAGCAGCAGGGAGUGGCAGUGGCCUGCCGACUCUCUUCCUCCUGAAGGGGAUCAACACCGACAGUGGCAACUCCUGCAAGCCAGCCCACUUCGAUGGCAUAGACGCGUUUCCCCAGGACCUGACGGUGUUGCACCCAGAACUGAGCGAAUGCCGGGUGAUCAAAUCCCAGGAGGAGAUUCGAGUGAUGCGCUAUGCUGCUGCUGUGUCAUCUGAUGCUCAUGUGGAGGUGAUGCGGCGAGUGCGACCAGGAAUGAUGGAGUAUGAGAUGGAGGCGGAUUUCCUGCACCAUGCAGCCGUGGUUGGGGGAUGCCGCUUAGCCGGGUACACAUGCAUAUGCGGCACGGGCCCGAACAGCAGCAUCCUGCACUAUGGCCAUGCUGGUGCCCCCAAUGAUAGGGAGUGCAGGGAUGGGGACAUGGCACUUCUGGACAUGGGGGCUGAGUAUUUCACAUAUGGCGCUGACAUCACAUGCUCCUUCCCUGUCAAUGGCACCUUCACUGCAGAUCAGCGGCUGGUGUAUGAGGCAGUCCUGGCAGCACAGAGAGCCGUGUUUGGCGCAAUGAAGCCGGGAGUCAGCUGGGUGGACAUGCACAGGCUAUCAGAGCGAACCAUUCUGGAGCACCUCAAAGGAGGGGGGUUGCUGCAGGGGUCUAUUGACGACAUGAUGGAACAGCACCUGGGAGCCCUGUUCAUGCCGCAUGGGCUGGGGCACUUUCUUGGCAUUGACACACAUGAUGUUGGUGGCUACAAUAACGCAGAGAGGUUGAACGAGCCAGGGGCCAAGUCUCUUCGCACAACAAGGCACUUGGAAGCUGGCAUGGUUAUCACAGUCGAGCCGGGCUGCUAUUUCAUCGACACUCUGUUGGAUCCAGCCCUAGCUGACCCGGCUGUUGCCCGCUUCCUUGUGCCUGAGAGAAUCGCCCACUUUCGAGGCUUUGGUGGUGUGAGGCUGGAAGAUGACGUGGUGGUAACAACAGAGGGCAUCCAGAACCUUACCAAGUGCCCUCGUGAUGUGGCCGAGGUUGAAGCUGUUAUGGCAGGCAAGCCGUGGCCUUGUGCUCUGGACUCGCUCCAGUGA